AUGUUUUCUUUAUUUGCUAUCUUUGGAGUUUCCGCAGUAUUUAGAAUGGACGAAAAUAUUUUCGUCAAAAGAGUACUUGAAGGUGAUACAUCUACACCAUGGUUUAUCAUGUUUGGAGGUCAAACAUGUCCUGCUUGUAGAGCGGCGUUACCAGAAUUCGCAAAAGCUGCUGAAGAAGCUUCUGGAUUUGCAAGAUUUGCCUAUGGUGAUACUGCUGGUAUCCCAUCUGCAGUUCAGAAAUUUAAUAUCAAAACAAUUCCACAGUUUAUUAUGUUUUUAGAUGGAGAAUCACAUGUUUUCAAAGGGCAACAUACAUCAAACGCACUUGUCAAAUUUAUUUCCGGAAAAAUCGGAGAAGGAAUCGAAGAAAUAGAUGAUUCAUGGGUAGACAGAAAAGACAAUCUCGUAUUACUAUUCCACAAGAACUUCAAGCCGCCAAUGAUGUUCUCUGGCGCCUAUGGUUCUUUCAAAGGAAAGAAUGUCACGUUUGGAAUUUCUCGUGACCCAGAUACAAUAGAAGCAUUCGGAAAUCCGCCAGUUCCAUCAUAUUGGUUCUAUUCUAACGGUGAAGGAACUCAAUACAAAGGAAAAAAGGACUUUAGCUCCUUUAUUUCAGCAAUUACGGAGCAUUUCGAUGUAGAUGUAUAUGAUGACGAGUUGUGA